AUGAUUCGAGUUCGUGCAACGGAUCCUAGGCCUUGUCCGAAGUGCGGAAAGAUGUAUCGUUCAGCACAUACAUUACGCACUCAUUUGGAAGACAAACAUACAGUCUGUCCAGGAUAUCGCUGUGUUUUAUGCGGAACAGUAGCAAAGUCUCGGAAUUCUCUACAUUCACACAUGUCGAGACAACAUCGAGGCAUCAGUACGAAAGAUCUUCCAGUUAUGCCGAUGCCCAGUAAAUUCGAUCCAGAAUUGGCGUCCCGUUUAUUAGCUAAGGCUGGAGUAAAGGUGAGUCCGGCUGAACUUCGCGCACGAGCCAGCCCAACAGCAUCUCGAAGAAGCGACAUGAGGUUGGAGCCACCUCGUGCAGGUGCAUCCGAAGUUGACAGCUGCGGCGGUGAUGAUCCCGAAGACCUUAGCCUUAGGUAUAGUUCGCCACUUUCGAACACCGUUAUUACUAAGGUAAGCGGCAACAGCAACAGUAGCAGCAAUAGCAAGAAUUCGACAACGAUCGUCCCCAAGUCCUUGGAUGCCAUGCAUGGUAAUGGUGAUCUCAACAUGGCACCACUGCCACAUGGCAGUCAUCAUUCAGGCCACAAUACUAGUGCGAUUGCUGGCUCGGCGAUUUUGGACACCUAUUUGCAAUUUAUUGCAGAGAACUCUGGCCUAUCGGCGAUAGGACUUGGCCCUGAGCAUGCGGCCGCCGUGCAUGCACAUGCCGCUAAGAUGCGCAUGAAUCUGGAAAAACACGGCAGUCGCAGCUUGGAAGAUUAUCCUAUCAUUGGCAGAGACGAGGGUCGAGGUUCCGGAGUUGUUCAUGAGGACAGACAGGAAUUUGACAGACACAGCGGACUUGUCGAUGAAGCGGAAUCGUCAGGUGCGGAUGAUGACGAAUUUAGCGAGAAUGAGGAGCCAGAAGUGAUAAAGGAAUAA